GUGGCCAGUGAUUGCGCGCGCAUUGAGAGAUCGUAUACUAUACUCUAUACAUCCCUCUAUCCACCACCAUGUCCCUCCGCGCCGCCCUCCCUUCGCUCCGCACCGCCCUCCGCGCCCCCCACCCCAGAUCAUUCACCACCUCCACCUCCCGUCUCUCCGAAUCCCUCUUCGUCCACCGAGACACCGACUACAACAACCCCUCCCUCCCAUUCAAAUUCUCCCCGGAAAACCUCGAACGCGCCAACGAGAUUAUCGCCCGCUACCCGCCCCAGUACAAGAAGGCCGCCGUCAUGCCCAUCCUCGAUCUGGGGCAGAGGCAGAAUAAGGGCUGGACGAGUAUCAGUGUGAUGAAUGAGGUUGCGAGGUUGUUGGAGAUGCCCAAGAUGAGAGUUUACGAGGUCGCCACCUUUUACACAAUGUACAACCGCGAACCCGUCGCCCCCAACUUUCUCCAACUCUGCACCACCACCCCCUGCCAACUCGGCGGCUGCGGCUCUUCCGCCAUCCUCAAAACCAUCGAGAACCACCUCGGUAUCCACCCCGGUCAGACUACCCCGGACGGCAAAUUUACGUUUAUCGAAGUGGAAUGUCUUGGUGCUUGCUCCAAUGCCCCUAUGAUGCAAAUCGGCGACGAUUUCUACGAAGACCUCACCCCCGAAUCCACCAUCUCCAUCCUCAACGCCCUCGCCAAGGGCGAAAAGCCCAAAGUCGGGCCCCAAUCAUCCCGCCAAACGUCUGAAAACUCUGCUGGCUUGACUACGCUCCUUUCCAAGGUACGUCCCCCCCUCUGUUUAGUGUCUCUAUUGAUAGAGGGUGGUGCUGACGAAUGUGACGUUUAGCCGUACGGCCCGGGAGAGUUCUGUUCGCCUGAAUUUGCAUAGACGACUUUACACAUUCUCGCUUUUCGAUACGAUACCCGCUCUUUAGGACAUGCACAUUGUGAUAUCUAGACUGGGAAUCGGUGUGAACAAGAGAAUACGGAUUGGGUGUUGGUUUGAGCGGUGGACUUGUGGAAUGAUCUGGGGCUGAGAGUCGUCAAAGGGGAGGGGUAUACGGGGUAUAUGGAUAAUGGUGCUCGGUGUUGGCGGGUGUUUGAGCUUGACCAGCAUCUUAUAUACAUAUACUUACAGGCUUCAUAGACAUCGGCGGCUUGGCACGGAAAGAGCAACAGAAGGGAACGCGUAUGAGCUGUGAUUUUGCAUGAGACGAUGCAUGCUCUUUGCCC